GUCAUUGUUGGGCUAACGAGAUGAGGUUGCUGUAACGUGUGGCCAUCACACUUCUCUUUCUUCUUUCUUUCCACCACCUCCUUCUCUUCUUCGUCCUAAUCUCUUUCUUUUCUCCGAUCUCUAUUUAACGUCUUCGACGAAUCCGAAGAUAAAAUAACUAAUCUUUGGUGUUGCCCACAAAAAAUAAAGAUCUUUCGUUUAUCUUUUUCUUGUAUGAAAUUUUUGCAUGAGAAUCGUAAGCUUAUCUCUCUCUCUCUGAGUUAGCUAUGACUACUUUGACGAAGCUUCAAGUAUACCCACGAUGUUUGGAGCACCGUCUCGGAUUCAUGGAUCAGAAACGGGUCGGAUCAAGAUUGAAUUGUGGAGAACGUAAAAAUAGGGUUCAUGUGCAUCGGUGUGAGAGUGAUUUAGGGGAGACGAAGGUUGAAAGACGGAAAAAACGUGAGAAAUUGAAGAUAAAAGAGGGAAAUGGGUUGUGGAAUUCUCUGAAAUCUGGUGUGUUAGGUGCUAGUAAGUUAGGGUUCUUAUCAAUAGAUGAGUAUAAUCAGAAAGUUGCAAAAUUAGAGAUGGUUUUCUCUUCGAUUGCUGUUCAAAUUGCGAGAUACAUUGUGACGAUGACAAGCACUGGAGCUAUUCUCUUGAUUGGUUUUCAAUUGUCAGGUGGAGAUAGUUCGAUGAACUCAUUGGUUUGGUAUAGCUGGCUUGGUGGAGUCAUCAUUGGAACCAUGACUGGUGCUAACAUGGUUUUGGAAGAUCAUUACCGAGCCGGUCCACGCAAUGUUGUUAUAACCGGAAGCACGAGAGGACUAGGCAAAGCUCUUGCUAGAGAGUUUCUUCUCUCUGGAGAUAGAGUCAUUGUUACAUCUCGCAGUUCUGAAUCCGUCGAUAUGACUGUCAAAGAGCUUGAGCAAAACCUCAAAGAGAUUAUGAGUAAUGCUAGUGAGUCUGCUAGAAAGAAAUUAGGUGCUGCUAAGGUGUUUGGUAUUGCCUGUGAUGUUUGUAAACCGGAGGACGUUAAGAAGUUGUCGAAUUUCGCUGUCAAAGAGCUCGGUUCCAUCAACAUAUGGAUAAACAAUGCUGGUACUAACAAAGGGUUUAGACCAUUGCUUGAGUUCACUGAAGAAGAUAUUAAGCAGAUUGUCUCCACGAAUUUGAUUGGAUCGAUUCUAUGCACACGAGGGGCGAUGGAUGUAAUGAGUAGACAGAGCAACGGUGGCCACAUCUUUAACAUGGAUGGUGCUGGUUCUGGUGGUUCUAGCACUCCUCUCACGGCCGUAUAUGGGUCAACAAAAUGUGGACUUAGGCAAUUUCAUGGGUCUGUUGUGAAAGAAAGCCAAAAAACAAAUGUUGGUCUUCACACUGCGUCCCCGGGCAUGGUUCUGACCGAACUUCUUCUCAGUGGUUCGAGUAUACAAAACAAGCAGAUGUUUAACAUAAUCUGCGAGCUUCCCGAGACAGUUGCUAGGACGCUAGUACCAAGGAUGCGAGUUGUGAAAGGUUCAGGAAAAUCCGUCGAAUACUUGACUCCUCCACGGAUAUUACUAGCCCUCGUUACUUCCUGGCUUAGGAGAGGCCGAUGGUUCGAUGACCAAGGACGGGCGUUAUACGCAGCGGAAGCCGACAGACUAAGGAACUGGGCAGAGAACAGGACGAGGUUGUCGUUAACAGACGCUAUGGAGAUGUACACAGAGAAUACUUGGGUCUCUGUUUUCUCUCUUUCUGUUGUUUGCGCCUUCAUCAUCUUAUCAAGCACCACACCUAGCUCUUUCCCAGGGACAUGACAAACAUUGUGUUUAACUAUUGUUUUUAUGGGCUAUGAUUAAAAUGUUUGUACAUGUUAUGUAUGAAAGUCUUAUGUAACGGGACCAAUAUGUGCAACUAUUGUUCUCUCUUGUUACACGCUAUUUCUACACGUGAUUAUAAUAGUAGAAUGUUUUGUUUAGUUGACGUUACGGAAGUUCAUAAAUGUAUAAACAAAACGUAAUUCACGGUUUUCACAAGUCCAGAGCUAAAAUAAAGUAGCAAACAUUACCGUGUU